AUAGAGAUGGCCCGAACAAAACAGACGGCGAGGAAAUCAACGGGAGGGAAAGCCCCUCGAAAGCAACUGGCAACAAAGGCGGCCAGAAAGAGCGCACCAGCAACAGGAGGAGUGAAGAAACCCCACCGUUUCAGGCCCGGAACAGUUGCUCUUCGUGAGAUCCGCAAAUACCAGAAGAGCACGGAGCUGCUGAUCAGGAAGUUGCCCUUUCAAAGGCUGGUAAGGGAGAUUGCACAGGAUUUUAAGACCGAUCUGCGCUUCCAAAGCUCUGCCGUGGCAGCUUUGCAGGAAGCAGCCGAGGCUUAUUUGGUUGGAUUGUUCGAAGAUACCAAUCUUUGCGCCAUUCAUGCAAAGAGGGUUACUAUUAUGCCCAAAGAUAUUCAGCUUGCUCGCCGCAUUAGAGGCGAGAGGGCUUAGAUCUUUCCCCGUUUUUAUCCCCUUUACGGUGUGUUUUCACACCACCACUUUUCUUUGGAAAUCUUUUCUAAACCCUAGGUACUUAUCCAAAGUUUUGAAUUUUGUGUGCUUUGAAUUCAAAUGAGCUGCGUGCUAUGCUCCAUUUUGGGUUGCAGAGGAUAAUUCUCUUCAUUAUUAUGGCGCUCGGUUAUGGAUUUCAUUAGCUUGGAGUUUCAGGGAUUGAGCGUGUUCGAAUUUUUUCUCAUCAAAAUACCUAAUCAUAUUUCAUAUGCCUUUCUAUA